AACAAUUUCUCUUGCUCUCUCGGCCCUCCUUAUCCCUAUCUCUCCCACCGUUCUAAACCCCUCUCUUCCUCUUCUUUCUAUCACACUUCUAUCUCUCCCAGUUCUUCAAUGGCUUCUUCGAUAGUGACCUCAAGCUUGAAGCCUUUAGCCAUGGCGGAUUCCUCUUCUUCCACCAUUUUCUCCAAUUCUUCAGUCCCCACUAUCUGUUCCUCCAAAACUCGCUGCUCCAACUUUUCCCUCCUCACCGGACGCACCAAUCUCCCGUUCUCUUUCUCCCGAUUCUCCCUCUCUCUCAAAACAAAAACCCACCUUAAAAAGUCUCCCUUUGUCUCCUUCGUUGCCCAGACUUCGGAUUGGGCUCAGCAAGAUGGAGAAGAAGGUGGGGAUGGGAGCUCAUCGGUCGCCGUGGAGGAGAACGAGCCAGAAGCCACGUUUUCUGAAGGGGAAGGAGAUGUAAGCGAAGGAGGCGGUUUCCCGGAGCCACCGGAAGAAGCGAAGCUCUUCGUCGGAAAUUUAGCUUACGACGUUGACAGCCAAGCCUUGGCUAUGCUCUUUGAGCAAGCCGGUACAGUUGAAAUCGCCGAGGUUAUCUACAAUAGGGAAACCGACCAGAGUCGUGGGUUUGGAUUUGUGACAAUGAGUACGGUGGAAGAAGCUGAGACAGCCGUCGAGAAGUUCAACCGUUAUGAUCUGAAUGGACGGCUUCUGACAGUAAACAAGGCAGCUCCAAGAGGAUCACGUCCAGAACGCCAACCUCGGGUAUAUGAACCUGCAUUCAGAGUCUAUGUGGGAAAUCUACCAUGGGAUGUGGACAAUGGUCGUCUCGAGCAAGUUUUCAGUGAGCAUGGUAAAGUUGUGGAAGCUCGGGUGGUUUAUGACCGUGAGACAGGCCGUUCACGUGGAUUCGGGUUUGUCACAAUGUCUAACGAGACUGAACUCAACGACGCCAUCGCUGCUCUUGAUGGACAGAACAUGGAAGGUAGAGCAAUCAGGGUGAAUGUAGCAGAGGAGCGUCCUAGGCGUGGAUUUUAAAGCUGAGAUCUGUCUGUAUCCCUCCUCUCUUUCUGUCUAUCCCUUGCAUUUUCUUUAGACGAGAUUCUUACACUCUUUGAAGAUUUUUGUUUUUUUUGUCUGAACUCUGAAUGCGAAAGUGAAGCUUCUUUGAAAGUAAUGUGUUGCUUCUCUUUGAUGAUCUUUAUCAUUUAUUCCGUAAUUUC